CUCCGCCAGUUUACUAACUUUGCCUUAUAUGUCCCUCUUCUAACGAUAUUGUGGCUAUUUAGUUCCUUUAGCCCAGCAUACCUCCAAUUACGAGGUAGACCCUUCAAAGUCUUGAAUCGUGUAAAAGUAGGAUUAAGACUUGACCUUAGAAUGGGGCCACUGAUCGUUUAGAAAGGAUAAUUUGGGAAAAAUAAUAAUUUGUCAAACGUGCGAAGUUUACGUGCUGUCAAAGAUUGUGUGUCUGAAACUUCACCGGCGUGUGGCGUGUGUGAGCGUAUAAAAUGUUUGAGCGAUAAGCGACGUUUGUGGACAAGAAUAUAAUCAAUCGAUAUUAAUGCGGUGUAAGAGCAAUUACGGCCAAGGUACGAUAGGCUGCAUCGCGCCUUAGAAAAUAUAUUACACGUCUGAAUCGGGGCUUUCUCAACAGAUCACGUCUACCAUGAAUCAUGGCACAGCAAAGUAUCUGACAAACAAGCAAGCACAUAUAUUUAAUUGUAAUCCUUCGUGUUGCUUGUCACCGCUUAAGAAGUGUUUGCACAUGUCUGUCCACUAUACAGAGUUGCCGUGGCAAUUCACCACACAGAGUGUUGACCGAUUCAGCCCCAUCAAAAAGGCCUUCUAUUAUGCCAUGCACAUAUCGAUAGUGCCCAUUUAAUACCAAAUCUGACGUCAUUAAAUGUCGAAGCAACACAUCAGAUGCACAAGCCCAAUUAUAAUUUUGAGUAUCGUGCUGUCGUCAGUGUCGCGCAACGCUUGCCGCCUUCAAGUUUUACAAACCUGGGCAGGUUUCAAAUCGCUGACACUACGACAAUGACACGCGAUGCUGCCCAUGUUUUACAUGACCUACGUCAUUUCCACUUUGUUUUAUUAUACCCAAGUAAAUGCACUUUCUUUGCUAGGACAGACUGCAACUCCACAAUCCUUACGUGGCUUUGCCAAUCUUUUUGUCGUAAGCUGCGGGCAAACGACACUUCCGCGUGCUUCUGACACUGCUUUAGCUUACCGAGGCUUUUCUAAACGCCUCAACAGCGUCACGACGGCAACAGGUCGCACUAUUGUGGAAGGCGCAGUUUACCAUUUAAGAUCGCAUUAUUUCGCAAAGAGUAACGAUCAUGUCAAAUUUUAUCGAGAAAACUUAAAAAUGCACCACAACCAUUAAAUCAGUUCUGUCAUAUAAAAGGUGAUGAUCUGACAAUUGUCUCGUGGUCUGCAUGCGUUGGCUUAAAUUUCUAGUCAAGGCCUAUUCUUUGUAGUGAUGCACUCUCAUAGAAGGCAAUCUAGUAAAAUUAUCACGACUCGUGAGCUGGUAAAUACAUUCAAACCCUCCAUGCAAUCGCUCAAGCUCGCUUUGCCCAUUGUCUGCCUUUAAAAAUAUAUUUAAUUGAGUCUUGCAAAUCUGCAAUCGGGUCGACAGAUCCUAAAGGCAUCCAGCAUGUAUGGGUGACACCUUACGAUCCUUACAAACUUGACCUCAACAUGGCCGUUCCAAUGCGUGUCACAUGUAGGUUUAUUUGUAAUAUCUUCUGCCGAUCCACUUUUGAUGGCCUUGCUUGGAUAUGGCCAUUAUUUUUAUUGCCACCAAUCACCCACCCAAUUAAUGUGAACACGCCGGGGUCAAUCUGC